UGCAGUUUCGCCUGACUCGACAGAGAACUUUUCCUACCUACUGAAUUAACCCACAGACACGCAGCUCUUUCCUCGUUCGGUUUCUUUUUUUCGUAUAUUUUAAUACCGACUGCUUUAUCGCCUGGACUUUAACCCUUUUUCCAAUUAGGAGUCCAUCUGUGUGUACUGGUUUUUGUAUCUAGAGUUGUAGGAAAACUAGGCUGUGAAGCGGUGAAAAAAAAAAACACAAUAUGUGCAAUAAAUGACCAAGAAGCCUUUUUAGCGAUGAUGAGUGCGGUCUUCGUGUUGAAGUUUAUCAUGGAUUCCAAAUCUUCGAUAAAAGGUCCCUUUCUGUCACAGCAACAAGAAGAUUUUCACCCGUUCAUCGAAGCUUUGUUGCCUUACGUUAAGUCGUUCAGUUACACUUGGUUCAACCUGCAGGCGGCAAAGCGGCGGUACCUCAAAAAGCACGAGAAAAAGAUGACACACAACGAGGAGAACAAGUGCAAACGGGAUUUUCAGAAUGAAAAUCCGGAAACGAAGCAAAAAUGGGCCGCUCGUCUGCUGGGGAAACUUCGCAAGGACAUCACCCACGACAGCCGGGAAAAUUUCGUUCACUGCAUCUCGAAGAAGAAAACCUCGAUGUGCAUCCUGUCCAAUCCGGACCAGAAGGGCAAAAUGCGCCGAAUCGAUUGUCUCCGGCAGGCAGAUAAGGUCUGGCGACUCGAUCUGGUGAUGGUGAUUCUGUUCAAGGCGAUCCCACUGGAAAGCACCGACGGUGAACGGCUCGAGAAGGCCUGCUUCUGCACCAGUCCCAGCCUGUGCAUCAACCCGUACCACAUACAAGUACUAAUUAAGGAAUUGGAUCUCUAUCUGGCCAACUUUAUUAAAUGUUUCAGCGAUGAGGAAAACCAGGGAGAAAAGUCCCACAAUGCUACGAGGAAAUUUUCAAAGGGAAGUAGUAAGGCUUUCUCCUAUGACUUCAUCGCGCCGACCGGCGUCUUCACCUCUUCGGAACUGUGGAGCAUCACACAAGUUCCUCGUCCAGAAAUCAAGGCCAGCAUCAAGUAUCAGAAUUCUGGUACUGAAGCCGAGUUUUGGAAAUACAUUCAAAGCCGGGAUUUGGAACCGAAUUCUGGAUAUGAGAUCAGGAUCUCGAUUCUAGAUCUGGAACUGUCCGGAAUUCAGAUUUAA